CAGCAACAGUUACGGCUUAGCCAGAACAGGAGACAGGCAGAACAGAACCACCAUAAUCCGGCAGUUCAUAAAGCAUCCAACAAAUCCCACUAUCCACCAACCACCAUCCACUCACAGCCAUAGCCAUGAGCAAGAUAGUGUCGAUAUCCGUUGUCCUGGUGCUCCUGGCUGUGACCCUGUCCAGUGUCGUUGCGGACAGCAUGUAUAUGCGGGACCAGAGCAACCAUGUCCUGUGCAGCUACAAGCUGAACGAGAUGCUGUCCAUGGUGUGCAAGGAGUUCAACAGUGUCCUGCCCCACAAGCGUGGCAUGCCUGCCGCCACCGAACUGGAUCCCCUCGAUCCCAUCCAGUAUGUGGAGGAAAAGGAGGGCACGCCCUCCGAUCUAUCGAUGCUCUAUCCGCUCUUCGGUGGCCGCUUUUAUGGCGGCGAAGAUGCUCUAAGCUCCCUGACCGCUGUGCGCCGUCGCACUCGGCAGGGCAUCGCCGACAGAUGCUGCCGCAAGCCUUGCGACAUCGCCGUUCUAAAGGAGUACUGCUCCAUCCCCAAUUACUAGAGACCUCCCCAGCAAUGAUCCAGCACCGAACCCGAACACUCCCGCCCAAACCAACCCAACCCAAAACCCAGACUGGCCCUGUUUCUCCAUACGAUACGAUACGAUACGGAUAGUACGAGUAUUACGAAUGAUGUUUAAUGUUUUAUUGCUUGUUGCAUGUUAACUACAUAUUAUAAACGAUCGAAAUAUAAAUAGAUAGAAUAUA